CUACAAUACAACAAAAGCUGGAUGCACGCUGUACCACUUGUGCGCCUCCAUAAAAAGACUGAGCUUGCAAAUUAAAGAUGUCUGCAAAUAGUUCUGCCGACAGCAACCAAACUGACAUCGCCAACCAACAGUGCGAGUCUAUUGAUGACUUCCGCAACCAGGUCUACUCCACUGUCUACUCCAUCAUCACGGUGUUCGGCCUGGUGGGCAAUGGCUUCGCCCUGUUCGUGCUGAUUCGGACCUUCCGCCAGCGCUCAGCCUUCCACAUCUACAUGCUGAACCUGGCGGUGGCUGACCUGCUGUGUGUCAGCACGCUGCCACUCCGGGUGCUCUACUAUGUCAAUAAGGGCCACUGGGCCCUGGGCGACUUCCUGUGCCGCGUCAGCUCCUACGCGCUCUACGUCAACCUCUACUGCAGCAUCUUCUUCAUGAUGGCCAUGAGCUGCACCCGCUUCAUCGCCAUCGUCUUCCCCGUGCAGAACCUCAAGCUGGUCAGCGAGCGCAAGGCCCGCAUCGUGUGCAUCUGCAUCUGGGUGUUCAUCUGCACCACCAGCUCGCCCUUCCUCCUGUCAGGCCAGCAUCUGGACAGGGAGACCAACAAGACCAAGUGCUUCGAGCCGCCAGAAAGGAGAAAAGGGUUGGCGAAGCUCAUGAUGCUCAACUACUUCUCCCUGGCCGUGGGGUUCAUCAUCCCCUUCCUGGUCAUCCUGGUGUGCUACGCCGGGAUCAUCCGAACCCUGCUGACAGGCUCCAGCAGCAUGAAGAAGCAGAAGACCACCCGCACCAAGGCCAUACGCAUGAUCGUCAUCGUCAUGCUGGCCUUCCUGGUCAGCUUCAUGCCGUACCACAUCCAGCGCACCAUCCACCUGCACUUCCUGAGCCGCACUGAUGUCUCGUGUGCGGACCAGAUCUACAUGCAGAAGUCGGUGGUGGUCACCCUCUGCCUGGCUGCCGCCAACUCCUGCUUUGACCCCCUCCUCUACUUCUUCUCCGGGGAGAACUUCCGCCACCGCCUCUCCACCUUCCGCAAGUCCUCCGUCAGCUCCAACGCCACCCACCGCCGCAACAACCACAACAGCAUCCCACAGGCCCCGGAGGAGCAGAACCGGCUGCACGGGUGCAGCAGCCCACACCACAGCCAGUCCUCAGCCGGCCUCCUCACUGCCCUUAAGGAAUAAAAAAGUAUCCAGGUCCAUUAGAGAGGUUCCAUGUGCAGGAUCGAGAGUUUAUAGCUUUGUUUUUUUUUUCCUCUAAUAGGAGCAAGAUUUAGUCUGAUAACUCCCAAGGGGAGUAAGAGAGUUGAAAGAGAGUCAAAGAGAGAAGGAGAGAAAAGUUGUGUGUAAUUGAUGUUUAAGGACAGGUUUCAGGGGAGUGGUGGUCACACCAGAGGUAAGGGGUAGGGUAGCAUGACCCUGGUAAGAUGGGGGAAAACUGGUUUUGUGUUUGAAAAACGUGUCCUCAUAAUGAAUUUAUUAAAAGUGUAUCAGUCCACAUGUUGGUUUACACUGGC